AGGGACACUGUGGGUGUGUGUACUAGUUAUAACUCGCAGCUGAUGCCCAGGACAGAGAGAGAGAGAGAGAGAAGGAGGCAGGAUCGUCGAAAUCUUGCGCGUCCCUUCUUCUCCUAUCGUCUCCUCCCGAAAAGUUCCUUCAGUUGGCGUCUGUGCAGCGUCGGCUCCGGUUCGUUCCAUUUCCUCUCCCGUUUUCUCUUCUCCUCGGCGUAAUUUAUUCAGGAACGGAAGAAGAAAAAAAAUAAAAGAGAAACGAAGCCGGUAAUAGAUUUAAGCAGGAGCAAAUCGAGCUUGGCCAUCAACUCAACAGCUGCAUUUGCCCGGCCCGGGUGUUGCUGAUGUGAGCACACAUCCAAAGUCUUUUCGCCCCCUUUUUCCGUGCAGCUUUGCGUGUUUUCUUUCUCUCUCUCUCUCUCUCUGGCUAGCUCUCUCCAUUUCCUCGUGUGUCGUGUCCACGCGCUUUGAAUGUGUUCCUUGACGCGCCGAUGACGUGACCCCGUGUUUUCUCUCGACAAUUUCCCAAAAAUAUCAAAAAAUUCCCCCCACCCCUUUUUUCAGCCCUUCUCUCUCUGAUUGUUUGGUGCGACUUGUCCUGUCGGUUAUGACGCCACAAUUCUAUUCCUGAGCGACAACAAACAACAAUCAUACCAACAAAAAGGUCCCCGCCUAUCGAAUGACGUUAUUGUUGUACUGCAAUGGAGUCCACGACCUUCAAUUAUUCGAGCCAAAUGGAACCAAUUUCAGCAGUGCCAUUUCCAUCGUCACCAGACCAUCUCACCCAGCUUGACGACAGCCUCACAAAGAUGUGCAACAAUAGCGACGGCUGUUCAUCAGUGGUGGCCUCGUCCAACGGCCAUCAGCCGAUAGACCAACAGCAACAACAACAACUUUACGACCAUCUGUUACGAACGAUUGCCAUCUCGGUCCAGGCUGCCUGCAUGCUGGUCGCUCUCCUCUUAACCUUCCUAGUUUUCCGCUACCGCAAAUACAAGGCAAUCGCCGGAUCGGCUUGGAUCCUCCUGGAAUUGAUGCUGGUCGGCGCCCUACUUCUCUACUCCAUUGUGGUGGUGCGCUACUUUGAAUCUUCGGCUGAUCUCUGCCUGUUGGAGCCCUGGCUACGUGAGCUCGGAUUCACCUGUUGCUACGGCACCAUUAUCUUGAAAAUCUACCGACUUUUGGUUGAAUUCCGGACGCGUAAAGCUCAUCGCUGGGUGGUGCGUGAAAAGGAUCUGCUCAAGUACUGGGCAGUGAUGAUCACAUGCGUCAGUGUGUACUUGGCUUCCGGCACCAUCUCGACGCUGGAGCACAGCGAGCACAGCGAACACUCGAUCUGGAAAAUGUGGGAUUAUUCCGGAGCACCUGCUGUUUCUGGCCCUCCCGUUAUCCCCACAGAUCCGUCAUCGAUCAUGAUCGAUAUGGCUGCCUACCCAUCCGGAUCUUUGCUGCCGGGAAUCACAUCUUCAUCUUCGCGAUCAACUCAUCCGCAGCUCUUCCCCAAGAGCAUCAAAGGAAUCGGUGAGAGUAACAGCGGGAGGGUUGGCGUCAGAGUCCGCAAUGACGGGCCACGAAGUACCAACGCUUCGUUCCUCUUGCAAAAGGCUCGUGUCCUACGACGUGGCACUGCACUUGGCGGAUUCAUCGAUCCGUCGCAGUCUAUCGGCGCCAUGUCGUCCAACGACGACGCUCUUCUUCAUCCUUCGGUCCACUCUGAUAGGUCUCAUGACAACAACAACACCAACACUGUCGAAGCGACAACACUACCCGAAGCCGUCAUUAACGAUUCCACCUAUGCCAAUCAGUCUGCUAACAAUCAAACGACAAACAAGUCUGCUGCUGAUGGCCCUCCUUGCGAUUUGAACGUCGCAUCUGAUCACGGCAGUAACAGUUUGCUCUACGCCCGUUUCCAAGUAAACUCGGGCUCUUACUUUACCGUCUGUCGACAGCUCUGGUGGCAUUACGUCAACAUGGCAGGCGAAUUCCUGUUCCUCCUGUGCGGCUUGUACAUAAGUUCCAGCGCGAGGAAUGCGGCCAGUCACCAUGGCGAGAAACUCUGUCUUUUCCUGGCCAUCCUGGUCGAAUUUUGCGCCUCGGUCGCCUACACUGUACUCAGUCGCAUCGCCUGGAUCACCGAUUACCCGGAUCAUCUUUUCCUGUUGGAAUUUGCCCGCAGUCAGUUGGCUACGACAUUAGUUCUCAUCAUCAUCUUCGGCCCAAAAAUCUUCUUCAUCUGCCGUCAAUCAUCCAACAAAGAUCUUCAGCGGAUGCAGCAUCAGACUAGUCAGAUCGAGUGCGGCGUUGGUGUCGCCGGUGACAUUCUCGAUCGCGGCCAAACUGUUCCGGUUGGAGACUUUAAAAACAAUCCGGCUGGGGACGGCGCUGGAACCGACGCUCCGGCCAUGAUCUCGGCUAACGGCGAGGUCGAUCUCGGCAACGUAGACCUUUCCCAAAUGGAUCCUGAAGUCAUUCGGGAAGAGCUCAAAAGGGUCUACACUCAGUUGCACGUCCUCAAGAUGAAGACACUACGAAAAGAUAAUCCGCACAUCAGCAAACGACGAGGUGGUCGGAAACCUCCUCAUCGACGAUUCUCUCUUCAGAGAAGUCGAGUUCAACGAGAAAAGAGCAAAAAUAGCGGCAGAGCCGUGAGGAAGCCGGAAAACGUCGAAGAGACUGGUGUCGAAGAAUCCGUUUGCAGCAUCGACGGACCGAGUGGCGUCCACCACCAACCGCCUCCACAACUGGCGCAAUCGACACAGCAACAACAAUCGAAUCCAGCCGAUUCUACCGACUUAUUGGCAUCCGAAAUCAAUCCCCUUCCCAUGGUGUCCGCCAGCACCAAAACUGUUUCCAAAUUUUGAUGAAAUCAACCAAAGUUGAUGACACAAAUGGGUCACUUUGAUUCGGACGACACAGGCCAGAAUGUCUAGGACGUAACUAGAUUGGCUUACUCCGUAUUUACUUAUUUAUUUAGUUCUGAUUCCAACCGUUCCCUUAUGUACAUAUACUGCGACUACGAAUGGAAAAAGAUCCAAACAUACAAUUACCAUAUAAUACUCAUUUCAUUUAGUCAUCGCUUUUUUUUUGGUAAUAUCGUUAAAUUAACUCUUUCACUUCCUCUCUCACUUUCAUUCUUAUUUCGAUACAUUUUUAUGGUCUUGCUGGUUCUACCUCGUUUUUUCUUUGUUCGGACUUCUCCAAUUGUACUGUUUCAUCAAAACAAAUUGUUUCUCUCAGUGACACCAUUAAUUAUAAUAAUGAUUUAGUCGAUGAUGUUUAUUUGAUUUGUUUGAUUGCCAAGACUUGUUUCAGUGUAACAUCUCUAUAAUACUCGACGUAUAAUCGGUGAUAUAUUAUUACACCAUGACCCACCAAUCGUUUCGAUUACGGCAUCUCACUGAUAACUUUCUUGUUCAAAAUAUUUAGUAAAUGUGUGUACUAUAAUCCAGGAUGUAAUCAAUCCAUUCGCUGGCGUAUUCAUUCGCACACAGUCAAAGGGAUCGGUUUCUCGUCGAUAUCCUUUCGUUGUGCUGAUCAACGAAGAACCUAGAUUGAUGAAUAUGCUCUUUCGAUGAAAGAAAUAAAAAAUAUGACGGCUGUGUAAUUCAAAAAGGGACUUAAAAUAAAGAAGAGAGAAAGUUUCAACGAG